AAAACUUUUAAAAGCUGAGAUCGAUACUAUUUAAAGUAUAUGAGAUAAAUGGUAUCUACUCCUGUCCUGCACUCUUUAGGCGUAGGUGUAUAUAAUUUUAAUAGAGCUGAUCUUAUGACAACGUUCCGUAACGUGAACUACUUAUAGUCCAAAUAAUAGUCAUUGUUAUAAAUUACAUUGCAUAGUUAAUAAGAACCAAGAAACAGAACUACAAUGAAAUUAUUGGUUUUUCUGAAUAACAUAGUUAAGAUUACAUUAUAUUUCUUUAUUUUUCAUCUACUAUAGUAAAGUAUACUUGACAAUUUUUUAAGUUCCGGCAAUUAAUAAGAUUUUUGGAUAAUAUACGUUAGGUAUUAUUUUAUACUCUGAAUUGUAUUCCUAUGAAAUACACUAGUAUGAUACAACAAACGAUAAAGUGUUCAAAAAACACAAAUCUAGUAAAAAAAUUUUUUUCGGUCUUAUUUAAGUUCGUAUCGUUAUGAAAAAACGUACUAGUAUAAUUAUUCAUAAUCUAAAUUAUUUUAUUUAAGGUCACAAUUUUCUAGUUUCGUAUAGAUGUUAACAACAUAAUAUGAGUAAUAUCACACAGUACUGUGUUAGAGAAUAAAAACCGUAGCCUAAACAUUCCUUUACACCUGUGUAAAUAAAAUAUUAUUCGCGCACUGCAAAACUUAUUCCGAUUUUACUGUUUCGGUAACAAGCCAAAAAAACAAAUCACUUUAAAAACGGUUGUCUUAACAUAGAAGUGCACGAGAGUUCUACAAAAUUUUUAAAACUAAUAAAAAUGAGACGUUUUUGUUUUUUAAUAUCAUCCGUUGUGCUAAAUGUUUUAGCAGUUUUAGAAAUACAUCAUGAUAAAUUUCUAGUUGAACUUAUAAAACAGACUAACUUAACAAAUAGACAAAUCCGGCGAGUGCAAUGUGGUGAUGUGCGUUUGAUACCGGUAAUUAAACAAUUUGUUCUUGCGGAUAAACCGAUGACGGAUUUGUCGUUGAUGUUUGCUGGACCAUUUGUAGUAUCUGAACCAAAUCACGACGAUGAAACACUGCAACAUCGCAUAGAUUUAGAAAUUGAAUUACAAACAGCCAUAACUACCUUGUUAGGUAAAUAUAAUAAUUUGUGAAUAUACAAUUUCAA